AAGGGGGAGCUUACACAGCAGCGACCCGGCCGAACGGCGACCCGAACUGGAUGUUCUUGUCUCGACGAACGCGUCCUGACCAGAGGCUAGCUGCGUGGGAAAAGCCACUGCGAAGCGAAUGAAGAAACAACUGAUCUUCCACUUCACAUACAGAGGACUUCUAACGAGAGGAAAAAAGAGUAAAAGAAGAAAAUGGAGUAUAAAUUACGAAAAGCUGAACCCAAGGAUGUGCCCGAUAUAUUACGACUGGUGAAGGAACUUGCGAAAUACGAGGAUAUGGAGCACCAGGUGGCUCUGACAGAGAAGGAUCUCCUGGAGGAUGGGUUUGGUGAAACCCCGUUUUACCACUGCAUCAUCGCUGAACUCCCAGGAGAGACGAGCAGCCAAGAUCCCAGCGUGGUGGGCUUCGCCAUGUACUACUUCACCUACGACCCCUGGGUGGGCAAGCAGCUGUACCUGGAGGAGUUCUACGUGAUGGACAGGUGCAGAGGUCUGGGGAUCGGGUCGGGGAUCCUGCGGCACCUCAGUGACCUGGCCAUGAAGACCCGCUGCACCGGCAUGAUGUUCGUSGUGGCCGAGAACAACGAGCCCUCCGUCCAGUUCUACAAGCGGCGCGGCGCCGAGGACCUGUCCCAGGAGGAGGGCUGGAGGCUCUUCAGGUUCAGCAAGGACAGCCUGGUCAAGAUGGCCACCCCGUCUGAGGAGUGACCGCAGGUCCAGGAGGAAGCCCCCCCCCCUGAGUGUCUCUGCUCAGACCACAGCUGAUUGUUCAGCUUCUAUAAAGGGAAAGUUUAGUUUCAUUUAAUCAUCUUAAAGUUCACCUGUUUUCUGUUUUAAUCAAUAAAACCAUCACACCUGACA